UACGUCAAGAGAGCAACACAACAAUUCAUUUUCAUUUGAUAGUGUCAUAAGAAAGAAACGCUUCUGUGAUCGAUAAAUAAACCGUUCAAAAUGGCGACCCCGACUAAUGGAAGCGGCAAUUUGGUAGAAGAAUUCGAGGAAUCGUUUCAGGCAUGUCUAAACGUGCUGACGAAGCAAGAGGCGUCCCCGUGCGUCGAGAAGGAGGAGGUCAAGGUCGAAGUCGAGAGGUUCAUCGACCUCGCGAGGCAGAUGGAGGCGUUCUUCUUGCAAAAGAGGUUUCUGCUGUCAGCGAUGAAGCCAGAACUGCUCGUGAAGGAGGACAACAACGAGCUCAAGUGUGAGCUUCAGCGCAAGGAGGAAUUGCUCCGAAGACACUACGACAAGAUCAGCCAGUGGCAGAACCUGCUUGCUGAUUUGCAGGGCCACACCCAGUACAACAAGUGCCAGCAACAAACCCCUCAACCGGCCCUACAGCAAGCCGCGUCCCCCAUGCAGCAACCCUGCAGCGUCCAGCAGAGCGUACAGGCGCAGCAAAUGGCCGCCGCUGCAGCACAGCAGGCGCUGCAGCAACAAGCGCUGCAGCAACAGCAGGUAGCGACCCCGCGCCCGCCGCCUCCGCCCGCCUACCCUGCCUCCGUGCAGCGGCGGUAG